AUGGGACGUCAUUUGACCUCGACCCAUAAUUCUCUGCGCUUGCGUCCUUGUCUGUCAUGGCGUCUCAGGGUAUCUCUCUGCAGGACAAGGUUGCUAAAUUGUUGAGUCGCCGCAAUGGAAAGCCUGUCCUUAAACCCAACCGAGCUCUCGCAUUAGCGGACACAGUGGCCAACCGAAAGGCGAGGCUUGGCGAGGCAACUUGUAUAACAGAAAUGUCUGUAAUGAUGGCAUGCUGGAAACAGAAUACAUUUAGUGACACGGCUUGUAAUAAAGAGAUAAAGACUUUCUAUGACUGCAUUGCAAAAGAACAGGCUGCAAGAAAAGCUGGCUUGAACCAGGAAGUCCAAGCAGGACGGUUACCUCCAAAACAAGUAAACAAGUUACUGAGACGUUUCCCAAAUAUUGAUCAUGAAGUAUAAACAUUUGAAUGACAUUCCAGUAGACUAUUCUACCUAGUUUCUUUAAAAUAUACAGUGAUUACCUGCUGAGUUCUGGAGGAUACGAAGAUGUUAUUCCUGGGAAUGAUAAGCGAGAAGAAAAGUUUUAUUCCCUCUCAUGGACUGAUAGUUACUGAACGUUGCUACUGUCUCCAAACACACACACAAAUCAAAUAUCUGGAAACCAUUGCAAAGACCAAAGGCAUUUGUCCUGCUUCGAUCUCCUGCAAUCUUCAUUUUGGGAAAAAAAGAAAAUUCUUCUAUAAUUUAAAUGGUUCUCACAUUCUGUAUACAUACACACAUAGAUAUGUGUAUGCAUAUGUAUAUAUGUAUAGUGCAGUAAUAAAAAGGUGGUCUUUGUACAAACUAAUAAAACAAUAGGCAUUAUGAUAAAUUGGGUUAUAAAGAACUAACUUGCAUCAUUAGGACCUCUUGAUGUGGUCACUGAAAUACUUAAAGAGCUAAACAUAGUUCUUUAAAUACUGGCAUGCUGCUGAAACAAGCAUGGUCCGUAUUCCACACUAUCUUUCCAUUGUUCUUCCCAUAAGCAAAAUAAAUUGUGAUAGGCAAACCAUCAAGAAGCUUUUUUUGUUUUUUUUUGUACAAACCUGAAAAUGUUGCCAGGCAAGUUUUCCCCCCUUGUCAUGCUUCAGUCAAGACAUACAUUUUCUGCUGGCUCCAUAAAUAUGAAACCAUAAAAACAUAUAUAUUUCACCAAAUGAGCUUGCUGUUCUUACCAAGCUAAUAAAGAAAAUAUAUGAUAUAGCUGUGAAAAGAUUGUUUUUGUUAAAAAAAAAAAAGGGGACUUCUGAACUUCUAAAUGUAUUGAUACUGUGAUUUCACUAGUAAGAAUGUGAAAGUAUUUUUUGUUGGUAAUGUUCAAGCUGAUUAUUGUCAUCUUAUCUGUCCCAAUAUAUGCAGUUACAGUAAAUUAAAGGGGACCUGGCACCUGUACAUAGAAACCUGUAUAAUAAGUCAUUUUCAAAUUAUACAUUAAACCCAAAUUCUUUUUUUAUCAAAACAUCCAAACCUAUAAUAAACUUGUUUAAAUAUC